GAACGCCCCUGUUACUCAUUCUAAAAAAGAAGCUCCACAUCCUGAUCGCUACUGCACACUCCGCUCAAUCGUUCCUAGCUCGCAGACAUGCAGCGGCUCCACGUUUCGGUCCGCAGGACCCGCCUUCGAGUUGAAGUUGAAAAUGAGACAAGUCCUCUCUGAAGCUGCCUCCUGGACUCUUUUUAGAACGUUUCUCUUACCAAAGUGUGUAGGACUAUGCGGUCGAUGAACCAUUGCUGACAAGUAGGAUUGGGCCAAAAUCAACACGCCUUGGACCAAGGUUAAUGGCCCAUGAUGUCUUUGAAUUGAUGACUGUUCCUCUUCCAUUUCAUCUCUAUAACUGGGGUGGAAGUUUUCCAAGGUCCACACAACUGGACCCGCAUCGUUCUUCGCUCUCGCAAGUUGCACUCUGGCAGAUUAACCAUCAGAAGGCCACUGACCUAUUCCUUCUCACUAAGAAAUGACCUCGGGACUCGUCAUCGCAAUCGUCGGCGGUGGCAUCGGCGGGUUUGCAGCCGCUGUGGCGUUACGCAAAAACGGACACAUCGUGCACGUAUUCGAGAAGUCAGCGGACAACACGGAGAUCGGCGCGGGCCUCAGCAUCCAGUCCAACGCUAUCGUCGCACUGGAAUAUCUGGAAGUCGAGAGAUCCAGCCUCAGGAGUGUGCUGUUCCGCAGUACUGCCAGUUCUGAUGCCGUUACGGGGAAAUCGCAUGAGAUAGAACAUAUCCCCAAGGACACCACAGUGCCGACUGAUGCGGGAUUCUUUGUACACCGGGAGGAUUUACACUCAGAGCUCAAAAGCCUGGCUCUCGAUCCAGACGGCGACGGAACAGCCGUUGCCGUCCAUCUCGGGUCAAAGAUUGUUUCGUGCGACGUGGAGGGCGAGAUUGUGCUCGAGUCCGGUGAGAAGUUUGCCUCGGAUCUAAUUGUCGGAGCGGAUGGUGUUCGGUCUGUCGUGCGCACGCAUGUUCUAGGCUACGAACAGGAAGCGUGCGCGACUGGCUACGCGUGCAGUCGCGCGGUUCUCAGCGCCGAGGGAAUCGCUGACAUAGCCGAGCUCGACUGGUACACCAAGCCCGUUCCAGGACUUCGCGUGGUCUCAUGGAUCGGAGAGCCGUUCAAGAUGGUAAUUUCUUACGGCUGCCGCGACGGUGACCUGGUGAACGCGAUCUAUUUCUGGCAAGAGUCGGAAGAUGAAAAAAGCGAUCCAUCCUCAAGAUUCAUCACGCCUGGCGCAAUCAGAGCCAAGUUCCCCGACUCGCUGCCCCAAUUCCUUCGUCUGCUCGAGCUUCCGGUGCAGAGUUCUACGGGCGCCAUCCGUCGCUGGCGGCUGCGCAAUCUUCCCAUUCUGCCGACCUGGACGAACGGCCGCGCCCUCAUCCUCGGCGACGCCGCUCACGCUACUUUUCCGUUCAUGGGUCAGGGAGCCUCCAUGGCACUCGAGGAUGCUGUCGCACUCGGCUGCAUCCUCCGGCCGGGAACCACCAGGGACGAGGUGCCGUCCCGACUGGAGCUGUGGCAGAAGGUGCGCAAACCGCGCGGGGACUUUGUCAACCGGACGUCCGUAUCUCAGCUAGCGAGCAUCAUCAAGGGUGAUAGAGACAAGGCACAUUCUGGAAGUACACGCGAGCUUCUGUUGAGGUACAAUGUGGUCGAGGUGGCUCGUGAUGCGAUGGCAAGUGAAGGUUAUUAGAUCCUUACUUCUACAGGGAUUAUUCAAUCCAAUUGGAUUGGAUGUAUAUGAAUUCGAAAGCCUGAGCGGUGAAAGUUGACCCGAGC